AUGGGGAAUUCCGAGUCGCGAGAGACUUCGUCCUCUGGGUCAAACACCUCCCGUCCAGUUCGUCGCUCUCUGCCUCCACAGUCAAGUAUAGACUCAUCCGAUAUGGCUGAGCCUGAAAUCCGUGCUGAAAGGCGUUCUGCGUCCAUGCCUAACGAGCGAGAAGUCGUUGCGACGAACCGACGUCACGUCCCGAGGCCACGCCCUUCUCGGCGGCUUCAGAACAGUAUCUCCAGCUCUAACAGUGACGAUCAAAUGCAGCGCGAACGCGGCGGUAUUGAACGAGGACAGGAAGCCACGGAGGAAGCGUCAUCCCAACUCAGCUACUGGUACUUGAUCAAAAACGGGUACACGGAACUGGUACACCUGAUCAUCCGGCCACCACGCACAGACUACGACCUGGAGGAUCUAGGACCGGAGGAAUUCUCGUUUGUAGGGCGGUCUUUUAUUCGAGAAGAUUUUACUGUGGUGAAUGAUCGCAGACAGAAGCUCGUGUGCUCCCAUUGGAGACCGGCUACGUCUUCUACAGCGCAGUUGAUGCCAUGUGUAGUCUACCUGCACGGCAAUUCAUCAUGUCGAUUGGAGGCUCUUGGAGUACUGAGAACCUGCUUAGCAGCUGGUCUUUCCGUUGCUGCAUUCGAUACAGCAGGCUGUGGCAAGUCCGAUGGCGAGUAUAUUUCACUUGGAUACUAUGAACGUGACGACUUGAGAGAUGUCGUAACGUAUUUGCGAGCAAAGAUGAAUAUUGGAGCUGUGGCAUUAUGGGGACGAAGUAUGGGAGCAGCUACUGCGCUGCUACAUGCGGAUAGAGACCCGUCGAUUGCGGGGAUCGUAGUGGAUAGCGCCUUUGCGAGUCUGGAGCAGCUUGUGGAGGAAGUGGUGGAACGAGGACGCCAAGAAGGAUUGACGUUACCCGGAUUUUUGGUCAAGAUCGUGUUGAAAUUUAUCCGAUCGUCCGUUAAGAAGCGAGCGCAUUUUAACUUACGGCGUCUCGCCCCGAUUGAUCACGCUCCGGUGUCGUUUGUGCCGGCACUUUUUGUAGCUGCAGAGCACGAUUCGUUCAUCGCACCCCAUCACAGUGACCAGAUCUUCGCAGCGUACGGCGGCGAUAAAAAUCUCGUCAAAGUAGACGGCGAUCACAACAGUUCAAGGCCGCAGUUUUUACUCGACUCGGCGGCUAUUUUUCUACAGACGGCGCUGCAAGUGGAUGCAGCGACGACUGCACAGCUGAGCUCUUUCGCUGAUGGAAUUACAGGCGGCGGAGGGCGUGUGCCAUGGGAAGGUGCUGUGGGUCGCACUUCGUCUCUGUCAAUGUGCUCUUCUCCGGCUUCGUCGUACCGUAUGACGAUGGAUCUUGACGCUAGAUACUCUGGCAAGAAGUCGAUGAUGGCACCGAUGGAGUCGUGGUCGUGUCCGUCGUGCACGUUCGUCAAUCGACCAUUAUCCAUGCAGUGCGAAAUGUGUCGGAAUAUCUACUUUCCCGACGAUAACGAGGAUAUGGACGAUGCUGGAGACGAAGAAGAUGACGCGCUAUCGAGUAACGUUGCACGGAGUCGAGCCUUGACUACAGGUGUGCCACCCCCCAGUACGUCAUUGAUAUCAUCGACAUCAGCACAGCGACCUACUCACUCUGAACGAUCAGUAGCAGUUGCUAUGGUAACUACAGCGGCAACGUCAGUAUCUUCACGAAUGUCGUCACCAUAG